UUCACUUAAUCUCAACCUCUUUCUCUCUUAACCCACAAAACAAAAGUUACACACUUUCAUACACAUACACCCCCCCCCCCCCCCUCCCUCUCUCUCUCUAUACAUAUAUAUAUUUGUAUGUAAAGAAUGGCGGAGGUAGAGUACCAAAACAAGCCCUACGACACCCCGGCGACGAACCACAGCUUAAAGCUCUUCGGCUUCAACGUCACCGGAAUAUUCGAUCACGAACCAGAAGAUUCGAUUUCCGACAAGGCGCCGCCGUCUGUGUCGCCGGAAUCCGACGACCGGAAGUACGAGUGCCAAUACUGCUGCCGUGGGUUCGCCAAUUCACAGGCCCUCGGCGGCCAUCAGAACGCCCACAAGAAGGAGAGGCAGCAGCUCAAACGCGCCCAAAUCCACGCCACCCGAAACGCCGCCGUUUCGUACUCCCGGAACCCCAUGGCCUCCGCCUUCUCCCCGCCGCCGCACCUCCUUGCUCCGGCGAGCUCCGUCGUCGUCGCCGCCGCUUCCCAGCCGUGGAUUUACGUCCCCCGCUCCGGGACCUCCUCAUCGUACGGCUGCGCUUUUCCCGGAGAAAUUGGGCUUCAACGGCCCAUUACGGCGCAUAGUGGACGAUUAAAUGGGCUUGUUGAUGUUGGGCCUCAACGGCCCAUUAAGAAAAUUAAUGAAAAUGUUAGUGGGUUUAAUUUGAGAGGGCUUCCGAGGGAGAAUGAUGACGAUGCAUUUGGGCUGGACUUGCAUCUGAGCUUGGCUCCAGCCGCGCCGUGAGCCGUGUUGUGAAUUCUUAAUUGACUAAUUAAUCGGCUCGCUUGUAUCAUACUCAGCUCGGCUUCUGUAUAUUUUUUCAAUUUUUUUCUUUUUUUUUUUUAUAUAUUUGAAAGGAAAUCUCUACCACUCGGGUUGUAAUGAGUCUUCCUGUCUUGUAAUUUUAUAAAUAAUUAUUAUAACUAUUAAAAUUUUAAUAGUUAAUAUUUAA